CCUACAUGUUCCAACAUUUUAAUUCUGAGUCGGACUGUUCCAUACGUAGUAUGCCCGCUUGUCUACAUUUUGUGGCGUGUCUUAACCUUAAAUCCACACGGACUGUAUUUCGACCGUCUUAAUUUCUCCCAGCCAACUGGGAGGUAUAUCCAAUGAUUUCAAGCGGGAUCAAGCAGUCCUUCGCCAUGGUUGACCGAAGACGAAAUGGAUCUGAUUAUUUCUGGGACUUACUAUUGAUUCUAGGCACAGCUGGAGCCGCCUGGUUUCUUACUAGAAAUGUCAUAUCGACUCUCCAAGGAACCCUCGCCGACCCAGACAAGGAGAAGCGUGAGCAGGCCCGACUCAAAGCGAAAGCGAACCUUCAGAGGCUACAAAAGUCAAGAGGGUAUGAAGAGGAGGGCAUAGAAGAAGAAGAAGACUCAAACAACGACACGAAACGGGGUCCUCGGAUAGAGGAUCUAGUCCUUAAUGAAUAUGAGAACCUUGUUGCGUUAGAGGUCGUCCCGCCGGAAGACAUACCCGUCGGGUUCGAUGACAUCGGUGGAUUAGAGGACAUCAUCGAGGAGGUUAAGGAAUCCGUCAUAUACCCGUUAACGAUGCCGCAUCUCUACUCCCACGCAGCGCCCUUAUUAUCCGCGCCGUCUGGUGUAUUACUCUACGGCCCUCCGGGUUGCGGAAAGACCAUGUUGGCAAAGGCCGUUGCACACGAAAGUGGCGCGUCCUUCAUCAACCUUCAUAUUUCAACCCUGACCGAAAAGUGGUACGGAGAUUCAAAUAAGCUCGUACGAGCAGUCUUCUCUCUUGCUCGUAAACUACAGCCUGCUAUCAUAUUUAUCGACGAGAUAGACGCAGUGCUGGGGACCAGGAGAAGCGGUGAACAUGAAGCUAGCGGCAUGGUCAAAGCAGAGUUCAUGACGUUAUGGGAUGGCUUAACUUCUGCAAAUACACAAGGGCUCCCUGCAAGAAUUGUCGUGCUUGGCGCUACUAAUCGUAUCCAUGACAUCGAUGAGGCUAUCCUCCGCAGAAUGCCCAAGAAGUUCCCUGUGUCUUUACCGGAUAAAAACCAACGGUUACGGAUCCUUCAGCUUGUUCUCAAAGAUACCAAGACCGAUCCUGACAACUUCAACAUCGAGUACGUAGCGAGAGUAACGGCCGGCAUGUCUGGUAGCGACAUUAAGGAAGCUUGCCGCGAUGCGGCUAUGGCCCCGGUACGGGAAUAUAUUCGCCAGCACCGAGCAAGCGGAAGCUCUAUGUCUACCAUCGACCCAACUAAAGUACGAGGAAUUCGUACAGAGGAUUUCUUCGGGCGAAAAGGUACUGGCCAGAUUCUUAUGAAGAACCACGCACGAGCGAAAUCGUCAAGUGACGAGUACGAGGACGUCGAGGACGACGCGGAAACCGUCGAGACAUCGACCACGGGUGCGAAGACUGCGGAGGCCGCUACGGAGGCUUCUGCAUAAAUGGGUAUUUGGAUGAACCUAAUAUGAGCUAUCAGGGGGGGACGGGGAUGGAGAAAGGCGUUUACGUCGGAAUAACUAUCGGAAUAACUAGGGCUUUUUUCUUUUAAACAAUCACCACUUGGGUUGCAGUUAGCACUAGACAUUGGUUCGGAAGACGUCACUCUGUACAAUGAUAUGAAUUCCCACGAUGAAUUUGUUUCCUUAGGCUCGAUGCUUACGAGUAUCUUGAGCUGCUGAGGUUUACCUAUCUCGUUAGAACUAUUGGCAUGUAUGAUCAUAACAUGGUUAUUAGUGAACCUGGCCUGCGAGUCAUCUAUUCCAAAGCAAUACCUCAGCUAUGUAGUUGUAGUAUUGUAGUAUGUCACAAUAUAUCGACUUAGUUGUCUGUGAUUAAUUUACC